AGGGCACCGUCUGUUUUAAUUACAGCAGACAUGGAGGUGAUAUUUGGUAGAAAUAUAGAAGAGCACCCAGAGCCCAUAAAAGCACAGGUGAAAGGGGAGAUACCAAGCUGGCUGCAGGGGAUUCUUCUUCGCAAUGGUCCAGGCAUGCAUACAGUGGGAGAAACUCGCUAUAACCACUGGUUUGAUGGUUUGGCUCUCAUACAUAGUUUUACAUUUAAAAAUGGUGAAGUUUACUAUAGGAGUAAGUACCUGCGCAGUGACACAUACAACAGCAAUAUAGAAGCCAACAGGAUUGUGGUAUCAGAGUUUGGAACUAUGGCUUACCCUGAUCCAUGCAAAAACAUAUUUUCCAAAGCAUUCUGCUAUUUGUCCCACAUCAUUCCUGAGUUCACAGACAACUGCCUGAUCAAUAUUAUGAAAACUGGAGAUGAAUUUUAUGCUACAAGUGAAACUAACUUCAUUAGAAAAAUUAAUCCUCAGACACUGGAGACACUAGAGAAGGUUGACUACACUAAGUAUGUAGCUGUCAAUCUGGCAACCGCUCAUCCCCAUUACGACAGUGCUGGAAAUGUUCUCAACAUGGGCACAUCCAUAGCUGGCAAAGGGAAGACAAAAUAUGUUGUAUUUAAGAUUCCUUCCUCAGUGCCAGAGGGAGAAAAGAAGAAAUCUUGUCUGAAGCACCUGGAGGUGAUGUGCUCAGUUCCUUCCCGUUCUCUCCUUCACCCAAGCUACUAUCACAGCUUUGGAGUCACAGAAAACUACAUUGUCUUCAUAGAGCAGCCAUUCAAACUGGAUAUUCCCAAACUGGCAACAGCCUACUUCAGAGGUGUCAACUGGGCUUCCUGCCUUUCCUUCCAUAAGGACAACAAGACAUGGUUUCACUUCAUAGACAAAAAGACCAAAAAAGAUAUCUCCACCACAUUUUAUACUGAUGCCAUGGUCCUUUUUCAUCACGUGAACGCCUAUGAGGAGGACGGCCAGAUCAUUUUUGAUGUCAUUUGCUAUGCAGAUAGCAGCCUGUAUGAAAUGUUCUAUUUAAAAUACCUGAAUGCAGAGUUUGAAGAAAACACCAAACACUUUUCCCUACCAACCUGCAAGCGAUUUGUGGUUCCUCUGCAAUGGGGCAAGGAUGCAGAAAUAGGUUCUAAUUUAGUCAGACUUCCAUCAACUACUGCAACAGCCCUAAAAGAAAAUGAUGGUAGCAUCUACUGUCAACCUGAAACAAUAUAUGAAGGAAUAGAGCUGCCUCGCAUCAAUUACGACUAUAAUGGCAAAAAAUACAGAUACAUCUUUGCUGCAGGAGUUCAGUGGAGUCCCGUUCCCACACAGAUAGUAAAAGUGGAUGUACUGACAAAGAAAUCCCUGACCUGGAGGGAGGAGCACUGCUGGCCGGCUGAACCUACCUUUGUCCCUUAUCCUCAUGCAAAAGAAGAGGAUGAUGGUAUUAUUUUAUCCUCCAUUGUGACAUCAGAUCCCAGGAAAGCACCGUUUCUGCUCAUCUUGGAUGCUAAAACUUUCACAGAGGUGGCUCGGGCCACAGUAGAUGUAGAACUGCAUCUGGACCUACAUGGCAUGUUUGUACCCGAGAAGGAUCUGAAGAGCCAGGAGGACUGAAAGCAGUGUCCAUUUCGUUAGCUGGACAUCCAAAUGAGACAACCCACCUACAGAACCUCGGGAAAUCCCUCUUUUGUCAUGUGGGAAGGACCAUUAUAUUAUGACCAAGCUCUUCUAUAAAGUAACUUUUCACUACAAAUAAUAGAGAUGGGCACAACUGGCAAAUAACUACUAGGUGUCAACAUAUAAAUAGGACAAACUCCAAAUAUUUCUCUUGCUCUCCCCACCACAGAAGUUGUGUGCAGUUUUGUGGAGCGUCCUGUUUCCGCCCAUAUAUCAUACGAACUAACUCAUACACAAUGGAUGUUUGAGCAAGCAGAGGUAGUGUACUUACAGUGCUGUACAGCAGAGGGGCUCAACCCCCAUCCAAUGGUCAGAUCUGGCCCAUAGAGCCAUGUAAUCCAGCCUACAGGUCUCCCCACAAAUCUGGAAAUUUGGCAGUGGGGGAGUGGUGGCAAUUAACACUGCCAUCACUCCCCUGCUGCCAAAUUUCUAAGCCCCACAUGGAUGGACCAGCCCUGACCAGGCCAACCUCACAUGGUGGGAUCGGGCCCCGUCUCCAUGUGGUUGGAUCAAGCCAGGGCCUGAUGUAGCCACAUAGGAACAGCCCAGCCGGGGUUCAGUAGAGCUGGCCAGGAACAGGCCUUGGCUGGGCUGUUCCCAUGCAGCUGCAUUGAGUCUUGAUUGUGCCUACAGAUUGGAUCUGGUUGAUGGACAGACCUGGCACUGCUCAUCUGGCCUGUGGGCUGAAAAGAUUGGGCACCACUGGUGUACAGUGUGACUUUUGGGUUUUGCAACACACACAGAUUGCUUCAGGUCUGUUUAGGAUGGUCAAAAUUUCCCCUGUCAGAAAUCCUGACAUUUGUCUAUUUGUCAUGAAUCAUUUGUGCCAUCACUUUAUUUAAGGUCCCUUCUGAUCAAAAUGAAACAUUCAACUGAGCUGCUGCAGCUUUCUAAUCAAAAGCCCUGAGAAUUUCACUUUAUUCAUCAUCUUGUAACAUUUAUAGGCUUGCGGGUAUUUUCCCCCUUUUUGCAAUUAAGACACUACAGCCAGAUGAAUUUAUUGCAAAUCUAACAUGUUUUUGUAUCACAUUUAACUAUUUUAAUGGUUUUCAGUUUUAACUGUACCAACCUUUGAACUGCAUUUUCCCUUUCAUUGUAUUGUCUCAAAGUAAGUCGUUGAGCUCUCUACAUAUAGUGUCAGUGUGCAUGCUGGUAGGAAUAGUUAUGAUACGAGCAGAGAUCGGAUGCUGAAGUUUAACAAGUUACAUGUUUUAGAGUAUCAGACCUAACUUAGGCCCUAUCUGAACUAAAGAAAACCUAUAUUUUCUGUCACUGUUGUAUUUAGGCGUUUGUACUAUGAUCUGCUUAGGAACAUGCAGAGUUUGGUUUGUGGUUGCUGUUUUGGAAGGGAUAGACAUUUGCUAAUGUCCCUUAAAAUUCAGCAUCAUUCAUACUUGCAACUUUAAGGAAGAUUUAGAAUACUGGUGCCCCAGAGCAUGGGCAUGUGUGGUUGGUUUGUUAUGUGAAUGGGCCCCAGAAGCACAAGUUUUUCUAAACUUGAGAAUUAUUUUCUUUAAGAAGUGUGACCCCUGGGUCCUUAUGCAAUGAUUUAUCUUACCACUGUAGACAUCUUUUGCAAAUGUAUUUUUAAACUUGUGUUCUUUCCACUCCAAUUACCUAUCUCUCUGGCUUGAUACUUGUCUGACCCUCCUCACCCUCAUAUCUGCAUACCUCACUAUCUUUAACUUAGUUAUCCUUACAACACUCCUAUGAAGCAGCAUAAUAAUAUUACCUACAUUUACAGAUAGGAAACUGAGAACCAGAUCAAAAUUACCAGGAGUGGUAGAUACUUGUCUCCACCGUGAGAGACCAGGGUUCAAUUUCUAGACAUAUAUAUAUUUCCUGCCUCAGGCCAGGAGUUGGGCUAGAUGACCUGUGGAAGUCCCUUCUGGCUCCAUGACUCUAUACUCUAAAUUAUCUCAUAAGAAACUGGCCUUUAGUAAACUACCCAGGACCACACGAGAUAUUUGUGAUACAGAAGGAAUUGAAUCACCCUUCCUCAGUCCCUACUUGAAUUCUAACCAGUAGAUUUCCCUGCCUCUACUUAAGUAUUUAUAGCUGGCAAUCUACAUCGUAAGUAUAGGGAAUGUACAGUAUAUGUCACAAUACUCUGAACCUAGAUUGUACAUUAAGCAAUUUGGAGCAUUCAAAUAUUUGCAUACAUUCAAAUGGAUUUCCUCCAUAAAAUUUAGCUUGUCAACAUGAUGUGUGGAUAUGAAAGGCCUGUUGAAAGUUUCUGGGUUAAGGUUAGAGGGGAUAGCAACAAGGGUGAUGUGGUGGUGGGGGUCGGCUAUAGACCACCAGACCAGGAGGAAGUGGUGGACGAGGCUUUCUUCAGACAACUAGCGGAAGUUUCCCAAUCACAGGCCCUGGUUCUCAUGGGGGGACUUCAAUCACCCUGAUGUCUCCUGAGAGGGCAAUACAGCAGUGUGCAGGCAAUCCAGGAAGUUUUUGGAGAGCAUUGGAGGCAACUUCCUGGUGCAAGUCCCGGAGGGACCAACUAGGAGCUGUGCUCUUCUUAACCUGGAGCUCACAAACAGGGAUGAAUUGGUGGGGGAGGUAGAAGUGGAUGGCAAGUUGGGUAGCAGUGACCAUGAGAUGACUGAGUUCAGGAUCCCGAGGAAAGGGAGGAGAGCAGCAGAGUAUGGACCCUGGACUUUAGAAAAGCAGACUUUGACUCCCACAGGGAACUGAUGGGCAGGAUCCCCUGGGAGGCCAGCCUGAUGCGGAAAGGAGUCAUGGAGAGCUGGCUGUACUUUAAAGAAGCCUUACUGAGAGUGCAGGAACAAACCAUCCCAAUGUGCAGGAAGACUAGCAAGUAUAGCAGAAGACCAGCUUGGCUUAGCAGGGGACUCUUCAGUAAACUUACAAAAAGAAAGUAUUGCUUGAGCAUGCAGGGACAAAGUCAGGAAGGCCAAAGCGCAAUUGGAUUUACAGCUAGCAAGGGAUGUGAAGGGUAACAAGAAGGGUUUCUGCAAGGAUGUUAGCAACAAGAGGAAGGGCAGGGAAAGCGUGGGUCCCUUACUGAAUGGGGGAGGCAGCCUAGUAACAGGAUGCAGAAAACGCUGAAGUACUCAAUGCCUUUUUUACCUCAGUCUUCAUAGGCAAGGCCAGCUCCCAGACGACUGCACCUGGCAGCACAGUUUGGGAAGCAGGUGAGCAGCCAACAGUGGCAAAAAAAAGGUUAGGGACUAUUUAGAAAAACUAGAUGCAUACAAGUCCAUGGGGUUGGACUCAAUGCACCCAAGAGUGCUGAGGGAGUGAUGUGAUUGCAGAACCACUGGUCAUUAUCUCUGAAAACUUGUGGUGAUUGGGGAGGGUCCCAUGAUUGGGAAAGGACAAAUAUAGAGCCCAUCUUUAAGAAAGCAAAGAAGGGAGAUCUGGAGAACUACAGACCCAUCAGCCUCACCUCAGUUCCUGGAAAAGUCAUGGAGCAGAUCCUCAAGAAAUCCAUUUCUAAGCACUUGAGGGAGAAAAACAUGAUUAGAAACAGUCAGCAUGGAUUCAGCAAGGGCAAGUCAUGCCUGACCAACCUGAUUGCCUUCUAUGAUGAGAUGACUGGUUGUGUGGAUGUGGGGAAAGCCAUGGAUAUGAUAGACCUUGACUUUAGCAAGGCUUUUGAUGUGGUCUCCCACAGCACUCUUGCAAGCAAGCUAAGGAAGUAUGAGUUGGAUGAACUGACUGUAAGAUGGAUAGUAAGCUGGCUGGCUCAAUGGGUUCAAUGGCUCAAGGUCUAGUUGGUGUUCACACUGGAUUUGUAACCCAGAUACCUUGUUCCAGGCAAACCCAAACGCUAGACCAACCAUGACCUUUCCAUUCAAUAACAGGCAAAUUUUAUUGAUACACAGUGAUAACAAAAAAGAAUAAUACAAGCAGUUCCCCUCAAGUUCCCCUCUCAGGGAACCUUUUUUGGGGACCCCUCUAGGGAACCCUUUGCUGUUCUAAAGUCCCUUCUUUUGUAUUCUUUCCCCCUCCUGAUGACUCUCAAUCCAUGAUUAUUGCUGAUUGGUAUUUCCGUGGUUGUCAUAUUGUCCACGUUCUGUCCUGUCAGCGUAUUCCUUUGUUUCACAAGCCUGUCACAUGCACACAUUCUAAUUUGGGCUUUCCAGAUCUCCUAAUUUGGUCUGUUCCCCCAAAACUGGAACCUCAGGCCCCCACUCUCUUGGGCCUUGUGAGCUGAUGCCACCAUAUCUCAUGUUAUGGAACAAUAUGCCCACAAUUUCCCAGGCUAUGUGUAUAUCCGUUGGCCUUGUAUUAGAAACUGUCUGUCUUAAAGGCUGUAAGAACUGUGCAGCUGUGUGACCCAGCCUUUAGAAAUCAAUUAAA